UCCAAAAUUGAAGAGGAGAAAAUCUGGAGAUGAUAAAGACAAAAAAGAAGAUAGAGAUGAAAAGAAGAGGGAAGAUAAAAGGAAAGAUGAUUCUAAAGAUGAAGAAGAAACUGAAAAUGACAAUAAUCAAGAAGAAUAUGAUCCGAUGGAGGCAGAAGAUGCUGAAGAUGAAGAUGAAGAAUGCAGACCACUCGCAACUCCCAUUGAAGUCAGUAGGAGAUGCCGGGAGGAAGAGGAAAUGAACAAACGGGAGGACAGAAGAGAGGGAAAUAGGCAUUGUAAAGAGAGGUCGUCUAAAGAUAAAGAGAAAGACAAGACGCAGAUGGUAACUGUUAAUAGGGAUCUUCUGAUGGCUUUCGUUUAUUUUGAUCAAAGUCAUUUUGCCAGACAUGGUUGA